AUGAAACUGAAAUCUGGAUGUUUUCUGCAGCAUCUGCCUUUAGAUGAAGUGCACUGCUUGUGGUCAGGAAGAAAUGCUGUGGCACUGGCAGAGAAUUUCCAGCUCCUGGAUGUUAAUAGAAAGAAACACCUGAACAAUCUGCAGUUUUACUGCUUUCUCCAUUAUGUGACUGACCUCAAUAAGGACCAGACCAUGCUGCUGUUUGACUUGAACCAUCUUGAAAAGAAGCUCAUCCACCAGCACGUGGGACCUGCCUUUCCACUGCUGGAUGUAGAAGGGGAUAAUAUGACUAAGUUCAAUGAGUUUGAAGCCACAAGGUUUCUCUUCAAAAUCCAGAAAGAACUUAAAAUUAUAUUAAAGGACUUUCAUAUUUCCAGAGAUGAGGAGCAAGUCUUUGGUGACUUCUAA